UUCAAUAAACAGGAAGGCUAGCGAUUACCGGCUUAAUCCACAGCCGAACCUUGAGAAAUAUCUAGCUUAGCCACGAAGUUCCCCCCCCAGGCUAGGGUUUGGGGAGAUGGAUGUGUGUUGUAGCGCUUAGCGGAGGCAGCCCGAGCCAGGGUAAGUCAGCGGCUCACGCUGGUGCUGCGGCCGUGGUCUCCCGGGGAGCCCGGUGCUCACGCAGGGCUGGCCCUGGUCUGCGGCUGCCUGGCCACGGAGCCUCCAGCACGCAUGCCCGCCCUCCCUGUCGCUUAGUGGUGUCAACUUAUUAAUUUCCAUCUUCGACUUCAGGCCUGUUAGUUUCCUGUCGGAAAGCAUUAUGACUUUUGUCCAUGUGGCAAAAUAAUUAGCAUACAGAUGAGCAGUGGCCGGGUCUGAGCCAAGCGAGGGAUGUGCAGUGGGAAGUUGAUUGGAUGGAUGGAGGACAAAUGGUGGGCGUGCGGAAGCCGUAGAAGAGUUCCCCAGUCGCCGAGCAGGGAAGCUCCCUUGGAGGCCUAGGCUGAGGUGCGUGCAGAUGCCGCCUGGACAUCUGUCUGAUCCACGUUAACAUUUGAGGAGUCACAGAAUGCGAAAAUGAACCGGAAGAAGGAUUGGUGAAAUCACAUCCCUUGGCAUCUCUGAACUCCCAGCUCUGACCCACUGAGGCAGCCAAGUCUGAGUCAAAGAGCAUCCCCAGGCAUCGGAGUCAGAGUGACCCACAUCGGGUGGAAGAGACAAAAAUGUAGCUAUCGAAUCCAAUCAAGUGUUUCUCUCUCUCAAAUUACCAACAACAUCCCAUCAAGAAAAGUUCUGGUGGGUCCCACAUCCGUAUGGCUACCCGAGGAGACACGUAAAGAUGGAGAAAUCAAGGCACAGAGAAAUUAAGUGACUUCGCCAUAGUCACAGCUGGGGAGGACCAGGAUUAGAGCUUAGAGAGAACCCUGCCCCUGGGCCUGUGUCCUGCCCACAGUCACGCUGCCUCCAUUCCUAGGAGAGAAGACUUCCUGCAAGAUGGAGGUGGACGCCGAGGAGAAGCGUCAUCGCACGCGGUCCAAAGGGGUUCGAGUUCCCGUGGAGCCAGCCAUCCAGGAGCUGUUCAGCUGUCCCACGCCCGGCUGUGAUGGCAGCGGCCAUGUUAGUGGCAAAUAUGCAAGACACAGAAGUGUAUAUGGCUGCCCCUUGGCCAAAAAAAGAAAAACACAGGAUAAGCAGCCCCAAGAGCCUGCUCCCAAGAGGAAGCCGUUUGCGGUGAAGGCGGACAGCUCCUCGGUGGACGAGCGCUAUGAGAGCGACGGGUCGGAUGACACAGACGAGAAGGAGGAGGACGAGGAGGAGGAGGACUCGGAGGAUGAGGACGAGCCGAGGGAGGACGAGGAGGAGGACCACGAGGAGGAGGAGGAACUGGAGGAGGAACUGGAGGAUGAGGAUGAUGAGGACGGGGAGGAGGACGAGGAGGACGAGGAGGAUGACGAGGACGAGGAGGACGACGAGGAGGAGGAAAACGAAGACCAUCAAAUGAACUGUCACAGUAGUCGCAUAAUGCAAGACACAGAAAAAGAUGAUAAUAACAAUGAUGAGUAUGAUAACUAUGAUGAGCUGGUGGCCAAGUCCUUGUUGAAUCUUGGCAAGAUUGCCGAGGACGCAGCGUACCGGGCCCGCACGGAGUCCGAGAUGAACAGCAACACCUCCAAUAGUCUGGAAGACGAUAGUGACAAAAAUGAGAACUUGGGUCGGAAAGGCGAGUUGAGUCUAGACUUAGACAGUGAUGUCGUUAGGGAAACAGUGGACUCCCUGAAAUUACUAGCACAAGGACAUGGUGUGGUGCUGGCGGAGAACAUGAACGACAGGAGCUAUGCAGACACCAUGUCGCAGCAGGACAGUCGGAACAUGAACUACGUGAUGCUGGGAAAGCCCCUGAACAACGGGCUGGGGGAGAAGCUGGUGGAGGAGAGCGACGAGGAGGUGUGCCUGAGCAGCCUGGAGUGCCUGCGCAACCAGUGCUUCGACCUGGCCCGCAAGCUGAGCGAGACCAGCCCGCAGGACAGGAACCCGCAGCCCAGCCUCAGCGGCCGCCCACACCUCCGGCCAGAGGACGACUUCUCGGGCAGGACGCCGGACAGGAGCUACUCGGACAUGAUGAACCUGAUGAGGCUCGAGGAGCAGCUGAGCCCCAGGUCGAGGACUUUCUCCAGCUGCGCAAAGGAGGACGGGUACCACGAGAGAGAUGACGACACGGCCUCCGUCACCUCCGACAGGUCCGAGGAGGUGUUCGACAUGACCAAGGGCAACCUGACCCUCCUGGAGAAAGCCAUCGCUUUGGAAACGGAGAGGGCGAAAGCCAUGCGGGAGAAAAUGGCCAUGGAGGCCGGCAGGCGGGACAGUAUGAGGUCGUAUGAGGAGCAGUCGCCAAGACAGCUGCCCGGGGAGGAGAGAAAGCCCAAACCCAGCGACAGCCAUGUCAAAAAGCCAUACUAUGGUAAAGAUCCCUCGAGAGCAGAAAAGAAAGAGAGCAAGUGUCCAACCCCAGGGUGCGAUGGAACUGGCCACGUAACUGGGCUGUACCCGCAUCACCGCAGCCUGUCCGGAUGCCCGCACAAAGAUAGGGUCCCUCCGGAAAUUCUUGCCAUGCAUGAGAAUGUUCUCAAGUGUCCUACUCCGGGCUGCACAGGGCGCGGGCAUGUAAAUAGCAACAGGAACUCUCACCGAAGCCUCUCUGGAUGCCCUAUUGCUGCAGCGGAGAAGCUGGCAAAGGCCCAGGAAAAGCACCAGAGCUGCGACGUGUCCAAGUCCAGCCCGGCCUCCGACCGGGUGCUCAGGCCAAUGUGCUUUGUAAAGCAGCUCGAGAUCCCUCACUACGGCUACAGGAACAACGUCCCCACGACCACGCCGCGCUCCAACCUGGCCAAAGAGCUGGAGAAAUACUCCAAGACGUCGUUUGAGUACAACAGUUACGACAGCCACACGUACGGCAAGCGGGCCAUAGCUCCCAAGGUGCAAACCAGGGACAUAUCCCCCAAAGGAUAUGAUGCGAAGCGGUACUGCAAGGACGCCAGCCCCAGCAGCAGCACCGCCAGCAGCUACGCGCCCAGCAGCAGCAGCAACUUGAGCUGUGGCGGCGGCAGCAGCGCCAGCAGCACCUGCAGCAAGAGCAGCUUCGACUACACACAUGACAUGGAGGCAGCCCACAUGGCAGCCACUGCCAUCCUCAACCUGUCCACACGCUGCCGCGAGAUGCCGCAGAACCUGUCCACCAAGCCGCAGGACCUGUGUGCCACACGGAACCCUGACAUGGAGGUGGACGAGAACGGCACGCUGGACCUGAGCAUGAACAAGCAGAGGCCGAGGGAGGGCUGCUGCCCGAUCCUGACCCCGCUGGAGCCCAUGUCCCCGCAGCAGCAGGCCGUGAUGAGCAGCCGGUGCUUCCCGCUGGGCGAGGGGGACUGCUGGGACCUGCCCGUGGACUAUACCAAGAUGAAGCCCCGAAGGGUAGACGAGGACGACUCCAAGGAGAUCACUCCGGAGGACCUGGACCCCUUCCAGGACGCUCUGGAAGACAGAAGGUACCCGGGGGAGGUGACCAUCCCGAGCCCCAAGCCCAAGUACCCGCAGUGCAAGGAGAGCAAGAAGGACCUGAUAACUCUGUCGGGCUGCCCGCUGGCUGACAAGAGCAUCCGGAGCAUGCUGGCCACCAGCUCGCAGGAACUCAAGUGCCCCACCCCUGGCUGCGACGGCUCUGGGCACAUUACCGGCAACUACGCUUCCCAUCGAAGCCUUUCAGGGUGCCCGCGAGCCAAGAAGAGCGGCAUCCGGAUAGCGCAGAGCAAGGAGGACAAGGAAGACCAGGAGCCCAUCAGGUGCCCCGUUCCCGGUUGCGACGGCCAGGGCCACAUCACCGGGAAGUACGCCUCCCACCGCAGUGCCUCGGGCUGCCCCCUGGCGGCCAAGAGGCAAAAGGACGGGUACCUCAAUGGCUCCCAGUUCUCCUGGAAGUCAGUCAAGACGGAGGGCAUGUCCUGUCCCACGCCCGGCUGCGAUGGCUCCGGGCAUGUCAGCGGCAGCUUCCUCACACACCGCAGCUUGUCAGGCUGCCCGCGAGCCACGUCAGCCAUGAAGAAGGCGAAGCUGUCUGGGGAGCAGAUGCUGACCAUCCGGCAGCGCGCCAGCAACGGGAUAGAGAAUGACGAAGAAAUCAAACAGCUGGACGAAGAAAUCAAGGAGCUGAACGAGUCCAACUCACAGAUGGAGGCCGACAUGAUCAAGCUCAGGACUCAGAUCACCACCAUGGAGAGCAGCCUGAAGACCAUCGAGGAGGAGAACAAAGUGAUCGAGCAGCAGAACGAGUCUCUGCUGCACGAGCUGGCGAACCUGAGCCAGUCGCUAAUCCACAGUCUGGCCAACAUCCAGCUGCCGCACAUGGACCCAAUCAAUGAACAAAAUUUUGAUGCAUACGUGACUACUUUGACGGACAUGUAUACAAAUCAAGAUCGUUAUCAGAGCCCAGAAAAUAAAGCCCUCCUGGAAAAUAUAAAGCAGGCUGUGAGAGGAAUUCAGGUCUGACCAGCUGCUCAGUGACGUAGUGGCGGAACCUGCUAGAAAGGACGCCUGUCGCCCUGCUGCUGCCCCGCCCGAGCGCACCCGUGCGCAUGUCUGUCCGAGUGUCCCGCCCAGAGACUCCAUGGCCUCACGUCCCGCUCUCACAAUAGCACCUGCACAUAGUGUGGACACAUUCACGUUGCGUACGUUUCACAUGAGCGACAUAGUGUGGUUCUCCAUGUCAUGUUCAUAGCUGCUAAUGUGUGCACAUUUGGGGGGAUAUAUAUAUUUCUGAAGAGGUAAGCUGAUCAAAAUAGAGUGUACAUUCUUUUUAAUGCUUAGCGGUUAAAUGUUUUAGUAUUUUGAACUGAAAUGGACAAAAAGAAACGGCUUUGAAUGACCAUGAGGUGGUGCAGCCACGUUUCAGACAUCGUCAUUUCACCUCGUGUUGGAGGAUUUUAUGGAAUUUAAGAAGUACAUUUUGUGUGCAUAUUGUUUCAUAGCAAGAAUUGUUUGCAAAAAAAUGCUUUAUUUUUGAACAAUGCUUGGAAAUAUUAUGUGAUUUUUUUGUUUGUUUGUUUUAGGAGGAUGGUGUAUGGUGGGGGCAAUAAGUGAGGUUUUUUGAAUUCCAAGGAAAUGGCAUAUGGAUUAACUGUAAGAAAUGAGAUAAGUAAUUUGUUGUAAGAACAUCAAGCCAUGGACACUUGGCAGAAGAUGCAAAGCAGCUUACGCAGCACCUUCUGGUUUGCUCCUGAGCGUGGCGUGUGAGACCUGGGAACAGAGCUCCCACAGGGGCUGCAGGAGGCAGCGAAGACUUCUCCCCCCAGUGAACUCCGAGCCAUCCUCCCGCGUCCCUGCCUCCACUGGCUCUGCUGCAGGGAGGCCUGGCCAAGGAGUCCGCGCUCACUCCGCUCAGAGCUCACUCACGAGUACUUAUUCCCCCUCCACCUUCAACACUGUCAUUGCUGUUGUGAUUAUUUUGCAUUUGGGGCAUAAAGGGAAAGGACUUGUGAGUCUUCGAGUUACGGGACUGAAUUUUCUGCUGGAUUCGGUGGCAAAGCUGCUCAGAACCCUCCCUCCCACCGACUCCGGCUUCGGUGAGCCUUUGGCCCCGUUGGGGGCUCACUCCCCAGGCCCUGGAGUCCGGCCUGUGUGGAGGCAGCGGCCACGGAGGGUUGCCAGCGGCUGCCCGAGCUGCCCGAGGACGGGGCCUCCAAGUAGGUGUCCUGGAUGUCCUUCAGCACUUUCUCUGUCGCGAGCUCCCCGGACGUGUCUGCCCCCGGAGACCACCGUGUCCCCGGCGACCUGAGACUGACCGGUCUGCCCCGAGGACUCCCGGCCGUAUCAUGGCAUCACUUCCUUCCAUGUCUAGAUGUCACACAGGAAGUACAAAAGUACUUUAAAAUUUUGUUAUGAAAAAAAGAUGGGUUUUGUAAAAAUUAAAAAAAUAUUUUUAGCAGAACAGGACUUACAGGGUCAUUGUCCCCACAACGUGCCAGUCGACUAUUUGCACUCACCUGUCCUCUGUGUCCGAGCAGAGGUGUGCAAUCCGCGUCCCAGCCUCGCGACGCCGGCCCGGAGGACCCGGGGCCCGCGGGCGGACCCGACGCCGUGCUGAGGGGGCUGCCGGGCCUCCCACAGACUCUGAUCCAAUGCCCGACCUCGUGGACAUGUAUAUAACCACAUCCCAGCGGCACUUUAUACGCUCACUGUACACACACUCCAUUCUCACGAGGACUCCAGGGACGAGCUGGGAAAAGGUGUGUAACGACUGGGGCUCUGCAGCUGCUCGGGGCCCUCUCUGUUCGCCGUAGUCGUAGCUGCCACGCUCAGAAUUGCCUUCGAGAGCUGACGCCAGGGCCGGCGCCUGCUGCCAGGCCCCGGCCGCCGCCGCUGUUCAUAUCGGCCUCUGCAUCCCCGUGUGUCUGCAGCUUCUCGCCAUAUAGUGAUGCUUCUCGUAGAGUAAUAGGUAGUCUCGGUUUUGUUAUCACCUGUGUACAAUGGAAAGGGGUUUUAAGCACAAAUCUGCUGCUCACCUAACAUUGGUAAUAAUAUCCAAUCAAAGUUACCUGUGAUGUUAUAUAGGGGAUCACAGUGUCUCAUACUAGAAUGCUGACCUUUCAUAUGGAAUUAUCGUGAGUCAUCAGAGUUUAUUUAUUAUAACUUAUUGUUCAUAUUCAUUUCUAAGUUAAUUUAAGUGACCAUUUAUUAAGACAGAAUUUUGUAUAAAUAUUUAUUGUGCUCUGUGGAACUGAAGUUUGAUUUAUUUUUGUACGACACGGCAUGGGUUUGUUGACACUUUAAUUUUGCUAAAAUGUGUGGAAUCACGAGUUGCAGUGAUACUUCAUUUUUAAAUUGUGGACUUUGUACAAACUUUGUCAUGCUGAUGUUCACACAUCUUUCCUCGAAAUAAAAGGUGUUGCCACAUUUGUAGCACGACGGA